AUGAACGCCAUAAAACUUAAAUACACUGAAGAACGAGUUAAGCGGCAUCACCCUGACGGAUUGCAACAAUACAUAAUUGAUCUCGGUGCAUCGGACCAGUACAAGCGAUUUCAGAAAGAUCCCUGGUGUCAACAUGACAACUCGAAACAAGCUUCCAGUGAUCCUCUUUCUUCCGCAUCGGCAGAUUGUGUCCAAAGAGCUGCACUAGAAGAUGGGAAUUCAUGCGUUUUCUUAAUCAUUGGCGCUGGGUAUGGAGGAAUUCUUUUUGCGGCCAACCUGAUCAAGGCGGGCGUAGAUCCCAAUGAUAUCAGACUUGUCGAUACCGCUAUGGGAUUUGGAGGCACCUGGUAUUGGAACCGUUACCCAGGGAUCCAGUGUGAUGUGGAAAGUUACAUCUACAUGCCUUUGCUCGAGGACACUGGUUAUAUCCCUACGCUCAAAUACUCGUUUGGUACGGAGCUGAGGGCUCACGCAGAACGAAUCGCGCUACACUUUGGCUUUCAUGACAAGGCUCAGUUUGGUACACGCGUCGAUGAGCUCGCUUGGGACGAUGACAGUAGCGAAUGGGUAGCCAAACUACAGAUCGAGAGAGACAACAGGCAAAUGUUUGUCCGUUCCAAAUUCGUUCUUACAGCCUAUGGCAUCGGACACUAUCCCAAGCUUCCAAACGUUCCUGGACUUGACUCCUUCUCUGGCGCCGCCUUUCAUACCAGUCGCUGGGACUACGAUAUCACGGGAGGGACCGAGGCAGAUCCAAAACUCACCGGUCUGGCGGACAAACGUGUCGGAAUUGUCGGAACAGGUGCCACAGCUGUUCAAGCAGUGCCAUAUCUAGCACGCUGGGCAAAGCAGUUAUACGUGUUCCAGCGCACUCCGAGCUCUGUUGGUCCCCGAAACAACAAGCCGACUGACCCGGAACUCUGGAAAAGCGAAGUAGCCACUCAUCCAGGCUGGCAAACAGACAGAGCUGAGAACUUCAAUGCGUUCCUGAGCAAUGCCUUGAUUAGGCCAGAGGCAGAUCUAGUUGAUGAUGAAUGGACGAAGCUACCAUCAUACAGCGCCUUGAUCGGGAGUCCAACGAACGAAAGCCUUCAGUCUCGGGACGAAAUUGCCAAAUAUGUUGCUACUCUCGAGCAGAUGGACCUGCCACGGCAAGAAAAGGCGCGGUCGAGAGUUGAUAAACUUAUCAAGGAACAAGAGACUGCUGAAGCUCUCAAGCCCUGGUAUCCAUCUUGGUGCAAACGGCCAUGUUUCAACGACGACUACCUUGAUGCUUUUAACCAAGACAACGUAGUACUGGUCACUACUGGUGCCAGAGGCAUUGAAAGAAUCAAUUCUCAUAGCGUAAUAGUCAACGGCGACAAAUACGAUGUCGAUGUACUGAUCUUCGCUACUGGCUUUAGACCACCUACAUCUGGGAGCCCUGCUGAGAGAAGCAGAAUGAAGGUGUAUGGACGCAAAGGGCUGGAUAUGGAUGCAAAAUGGGCACAACCUCCAGGAUUAAGCACAUUGCACGGCCUCAUGAGUCGCGGCUUCCCCAACUUCUUUUUCCCCGGCCCCAAUCAGAUGGGAGCCGCCCCUAAUGGCACGUACCAACGAGACCAGUUGGGUCGACACUUCGCCUACAUUGCCACCUCUGUAUCAGAAAAGUUGGACCAGAAACAACUCUUAUUACAAGAGCAGAAAGUUUCUAAGUAUGGCAAGUACAACGUCGUUGUAGAGCCGUUAAGGGAAGCGGAGGAUGAAUGGGCUGAAUCUGUUGCAAAGAACGCAGCUAAGCUGGCCGCCAUGGGGGGCUGCACUCCGAAUUACAUGAUAGUACCAAAGGACCAAGAGGCAGAUACGCAACAAGAUAGAAAAGAGAUGCAGCGGAAGGCUAGAAACGCGCUUUGGGGCAAGGGGGUUGCAGACUACAUGUCUAUCCUUCGCAAUUGGCGGGACAAGGGUACACUUGACGGACUCGAGAUUACCGUUUGA